AUGAAAUUUGGAACCCCUUUAAACGACUUAACGGGUGACCCGUGUUUUAAGCAAAUAAUGUUUAAUGGCUUUAGUUGUGUUCGGGAAUCAGUUCCUGACUUUGAUUUAUUGAAAUAUUCAUCAGAUUUUGGUCUCCAAUGGGUUGAGCGCAGGUGUUGUGCCCUCUCUAUACUCAGCGAUUGUUUCAACACAAUUGGAAAGAAUGAAUGUUUGGCUCAAUUAUAUGACAAUAUGAAGUGGUCGCUAGAGAAGGCCAAGGCGUAUGUGAAUUCAACCACGUGCACACAGUACCCGUAUAAACAAGAAAAUGUGCACUGGUACAAAUGAAAACUAUGAUACAAUGAAACAAUGGCUAAAUUAUACAAUACAUUUGUUUGACUGGACAACUUGCAGCGACCAUCGUUAUGAAGAUGACAAAAAUCAAUGUGGUAGUUCACAUGCAUUGUUUGUUAGCGUCACCUUG